AUGUGGAGGCUAUCAACAGUGGCACUGGCUUCUCUGGCUCUCCUUCCAUCUGUGCUGGGAACAGAUAUCUUAAAAACAAAUGGCUUCUCCAAUUGCAACAAUGGGACAUCGACAAUCAAGGUCAACAAUGUCGACAUUUCUUUUGACCGGUCGACGAACAAGAUCGACUUCGAUGUUUCCGGCUCCAGCAAACAGCAGCAGUUUGUCACGGCCGAACUGAUUGUGACGGCAUAUGGCAUCAAAGUGUACAAUAACACUUUUGAUCCCUGUGCUGAUUCCACCAAAGUCGAACAGUUGUGUCCCGUACCCGCAUCAUCAUUUUCGGCCAACGGAUCACAAGUCAUCCCCUCACAGUAUACUUCUCUUAUUCCUUCAAUAGCCUACUCCCUCCCCGAUCUCGAUGGAACCGCUCAGAUGAUUCUCAAGGCCAAAGACGGACAAGAAGUCGCUUGUGUUUCUUCUGGUGUUUCUAAUGGCAAGACCACGGAUGUGCCAGCGGUAUCAUACGUUGCGGCGGCCAUUGCUGCUGGUGCCUUGGCUGUGUCACUGGUUGGCGCCGCUGCCACUGGAGCACAUCCCGGCUCAACUUCUUCUAGCCCUGGCUUUUUCGAGGUCAUGUGGUGGUUCCAAGGAAUGGCAAUGAACGGGAUGCACUCAGUCUCGUAUCCCGGGGUGUACCGCAGCUUUGCGAAAAACUUCGCUUUCAGCACUGGUCUUAUCUCCUGGAGUGGGCUCCAGACGUCAAUUGACUCCUUUCGAGCACAUACGGGAGGCAAUUUGACCGAUGACAGCUAUGACUACCUCAGAAACGCCACUCUGGUUUUCCCCGACGGAACUACCACCUCAACAACGACCGGCAUUGCAAAGCGAUCACUCUCGUUGAUGAUUCGUCAGAUCACCACUUCCGUCAGUAACAAUACCAGCGCAGAUUCCGGCCAAAGCAAUUCCAAGGAGUCACACCUGGUCCAAGGGAUUCAGGGCUACGUUGAGCAGCUCACGAUUCCCCAGGCCAACACCUUCAUGACCGUCCUCCUGAUCUUCGCAGUUGUGGUUGCGGCUAUUGUGGUCGGUAUCCUUCUUUUCAAGGUCAUUCUCGAGGCUUGGUCGCUUUUCGGCCGAUUCCCCAAGUCUCUGACCACUUUCCGCAAGGAAUAUUGGCGCAUCCUGGCUCAAACCAUCACCAAUUUGAUUUUCCUGCUGUACGGCGUGUGGACGCUGUACUGCAUCUAUCAGUUCACCCACGGCGACUCUUGGGCGGCUAAGCUCCUUGCGGGUCUCACUCUCGGCACGUUCACGGCGAUCUUGGCCUUCUACACCUUCAAGAUCUGGAGCGUGGUCCGAAAAGUGAAGAAGAUUGAAGGCGACGCAAGUUCUCUGUUCGAAAACAAGGAGACUUGGAAGAAGUACAAGCUCUUCUACGAGAACUACAAGAAGGGUUACUGGUGGCUAUUUAUCCCUUCCAUUGUCUACAUGUUCGCCAAAGGGUGCGUUCUGGCGGCAGGCGAUGGUCAUGGCCUGGUCCAGACCGUCGGUCAGCUGAUCAUUGAAGCUCUUAUGCUCAUUCUGCUUCUGUGGAGUCGGCCGUACCAGCGCAAGUCGGGCAACUGGAUCAACAUCAUCAUUCAAAUCGUCCGCGUCAUGUCGGUCGUUUGUAUCCUGAUUUUUGUGGAAGAGCUUGGAAUUGCGCAAACCACAAAGACCAUCACCGGCGUUGUCUUGAUUGUGGUCCAAUCUGCUUUGACCGCCAUCCUUUCGCUCCUGAUCGUCAUCAACAGCAUCAUCACUUGCUGCAGAGAGAAUCCUCACCGAAAGCGUCGUAAGGCCGCGCAGAAGAACCUCUCUCAGGACCUCGAGGGCGAUGCUUUCCUUUUACAACCAAAGCCUUACUCUGCGUCGCCACCCCGUCACGCCCGCAACAUGUCCGAGUUUGGACAAAGCUACGAACCGAUGCGCGCUCAGGCUUACUCACGUUUCGGGCCUCGAGGGGACGAAAGCGAAGAGACUUUGGUCAAGGGUGCUGCAGGCAUGGGCGCAAGCAGUUACCGUAGCUUGAGCCAGGGGCGAAGCGAGCGCUCCGCAAGUCCUCCUCCAUUCUCGAGGGAACCAAGACUGCCUGACUUGGCCUUUGAGCAAUAUCGUCAUAAAUAG